AUGGAGGUGUACCAUGGAGAAAGCAUAAAGCAUAAACGCCGUAGUGACGUAACGGAGGCAAGCUUGAUUUUAACGGCUGGCGUGAUGGACCGACCAGAUUCAAUUGGGCGACCACUACGGCCAAGUUUACCGGUAAUGGAUUUACCACAGAUGCCGGUAACUAGUGCAUUAGGAAGUUCACCUGAGCUACGUGAAAUUUACUCGCAAUACGAGAAUAAGCUAAGAUUUUCGGCACAAGAAUGCUAUCCGCUGUGUACUAAUGACUUGAUAGAUGAAGGUGUUAUUGGAGCUGGUAGUUUUGGUCAAGUUAAACGAAUGCGACAUAGACCGUCCAAUCAUGUACUAGCUGUAAAGUUUAUUCGUGCCAAUACAGUUAAUGCUGCAGAAAGAAAACACCUUCUUAUAGAAUUAGAAGCUAUCAUGAAGAGUGUUUGUGAGAAUAUUGUUCAGUUUUACGGUGCGACUUUCAAAGAACAAGAUUGUUGGAUCUGUAUGGAAAUUAUGGAUAUAUCUUUGGAGAAACUCUAUCGUACAGUAAUGGUUCUAGGAAAACAGAUACCUGAGGAAAUAAUGGGAUACAUAACAGUUUCAACCGUGAAUGCGCUGAGCUACCUUAAAGAGGAGCUCAAAAUUAUGCAUAGAGAUGUAAAACCCUCGAACAUUCUUCUAAACAGAAAAGGAUAUGUAAAAUUGUGUGACUUUGGUAUUUCUGGUCGCCUGAUCGAUUCAAUUGUAAAAAGUCAAGAUGUUGGCUGUCGCCCAUAUAUGGCUCCUGAACGAGUACAAUCUUCAGAUCCUUACGACGUUCGGUCGGAUGUUUGGUCCCUAGGAAUUACACUUUUUGAAGCUGCCACUGGACAGUUCCCAUAUUCGGUUUGGGACAACUUGUUUCAACAACUUGAUGAAGUUGUAAAUGGUUCUCCUCCAGUUAUGGAACCUGGCAACUACUCGCCACAGUUUGCUACCUUUGUUAAUACCUGUUUAAUAAAAGAAAGAGAAAGGAGGCCGAAAUACAAAGACCUGAUGAAACUGGACUUUUAUAAGACCUACGCUACUGCUGGUGAGCAUUCGUACUUGUCAUUGGGGGUGGUUGGGGAUUAUGUUUCUAAAUUGCUGGAACUCGACGUAAAGGAUGGUGAUAAUUUGCAGUCUGAAACUCGGAAUAUCGAUUUUUUUAAGUUUGGUUGA